AUGGCGCUGGAUACGCCCCUUGGUUUGGGCGCGACAUGGGUGUGGCGGCUGGGGAACGCCAUUUCCCUGUACCCACAGCAUGUUGUCAUAGAAUUGGCGCAAGACGCGAUCAUUUCCCAAAUCCAAUUGCUCAGUCACCAAAACAAAAUAGCCACUCGCGUGGAACUUUUUGUUGGUUCUGGCACUUGUGGUACAGAACCCAGCCUAUGGACGAGACUUGGUUAUAUGUCCCUCGAUCCCAACGAGCGGAGCCAGCACCAGGCUCGUGAGCUGAAGUCUGUGUAUGUUGAUGCAAAGGGUAGAUAUUUAAAAUUUGUGAUGCAUUGUUGCCAUGUCCUUGGAGAGUAUGUCAAGAAUUCAAUCAAUUCAGCUAAUGAGCGCAACCCAGAGAAACCGAGUAGUUCGUUACCACGCCGCGAACGCGUCGAUGAUCUUGCGUUUGACAUGAAUGUUGAUCCUCGCGCGGGCCGGCUUAUACGAUCGCUGCUUAUAGCUAAGCAGACAGCAAUCGAGGCUGAAGACUACGAUGCAGCGAAGCGAAUCAAAGCGGCAGAACAGGAACUACAGGCCCUUGGCGGGCAGCUGGCACAGCUGGAGAUAUCAAAACGCGUGGCAGUCCGAGAUGAGGACUACGAUCGCGCCAAGCUCCUUAAACACGAGGUUUCCGGGCUUCGGAGACACAUUGAAAUGGCUUUAGAGCAACAUGCUAUUAGGACACCUGACUCCAGCCACGGGGCCGUGCCUUUUGGAAACCCGUUUCCACGUAUGGCUGUGCCAACAGCGAUGGCGAUUGGGAGUCCCGUGCCCCCGCUAUCAGUCGACGGAGACGCGGAACUCGAAGCUGAAUUUGAUGCUAGCCCUCAGGCAUCCGCCUCGCCACUGGGCCUCUGCGGCAUGCAAUCGCCAGAGCCACCGGUUAAGCUGCCUGAAAAUCACGAUCAAGAAUUAGAUUACACCAACCUGGCGUCCGAGUUUUCCUCUUUGAAGUCAAGCCCCAGUGCAAGUAAAGCUGCGGACGUUAACAACGUUGUUGAUUCAUCUGUUGGUGACGCACCACGAACCGCCCUGGGAGGUGUGCCGAAUUCAGCUGAGCUGCCUGAGCCCGAACCUUUCGCAGCAGAUUUGGGCAGUGAUGUAGAUAUCAAUUCCAUAACUGCGCUGAUCGGUGAUUACCGCGCGCGAUGUCUGUUCUCAAAGAAUUGGACUUUGCGAGAGGCGGCUCUCGCAAAAGCACGAGUGCUCGUUGACGAGGGGCACUGGGAGCAAAUCGAAGAUAUUGAACGGCUAUGUGACAUCGUGUACCUGACGUCACUCGCGUUGCUUGAUGAUGUUGCUCACAAGUUGGCGGCGCGUGGAUUAAAACGUGCCGACGCCUUUCCCGUGCUUGAACCCGCGAUUGCUGCUGUCGUUGCCAAGCUUGGGGACAACCAACCUAGGCUUCGUGAAAAGGCGGUUGACGAACUACUGUCCCUUUCACACUGCCGCGUUGUGGGUGCAGAUCGUGUUGCUGAGAAAGUGAUGCGGUCGCUAGCGAGGAAGCGCCCGCCGCACAACAACAAGUGGCGCCCUAUUGCAACACGCCUUGAAUUCCUGAAACGUCUCGUUUUUGACUUUGGAGUUGAAAGCCGUGACGUAGCGAAGAGAGGUCCCCAUGCGCUGGUUCUAGAGUCGAUUGUUGCAUUUGUGGAGGCGCAUGGCUGCGCCUCGCAUACAUUUGAGGAAGUUCGCACGGCUGCUAAGGAUCUCAUCGUUGUUAUAUUUGUGACCGCAUCUGAUGCAGAUCGUGCACGACUUCUUGACCCUUUUCUUGAGAAACUGAGGCCUAAACAGGCGGAGGAGUAUCGAAGUGCGAUUGAUCGCGGUGGUCUCCACGACCGAGCUCACAGCCCGAAUUUAAAAGACCAGAUUUUUUAUGAGGGAACUCCACGCGCAAAUGGACCUGCACCAGCGCAACCUCUGAAUUUAGAUGGAUCUGCGAUUACUCCCAUCGCGCUGACUGUGAAAGCACCCAGCACAGGGCUUGCUUCAAACACAUCUCCGAGGCGAAACUUUUCCAGUAUCCGAGGCGAGGGUGACGACGAGUAA